ACAUGGUAGAAAUGUGGUGUUAACAGCGGUUAUAGUUGCGACAGGUUGAAGGGCUACAGGGCGCCUUUUAAAGCAGCCUGUUGCUCCAAAACGGACUAAACAUUAUUUUUUUUUAAUUGCUCACACACGACUUUGAUUUUACGGUAAACUGAUGUCUAAAAAUCCGCGGCUGAAAUGUCCAAACCUGCACUACUUUCACUCCAUCAAGCGCUGAGGAAAAGCUUCCAGAGUCUUGAAAAUAACCAGAAAAUAUGGAGCAGUGUGUUGGCCGACUGCAGCCCUCUGAUGGUGUCUCUCGGGAAUUUGGCCGAGCAGUCGAGAGCUCUUUCCAACGUCCAAAUCUCCAACACACCCCUCAGAGACUUUCCUGACCUGGAGGAAGGGCUGCGAUUCAAGCUCUUACAGGCCACGGAUACAGUGCUGGUCAAACUCAACGAGAAGAUGUCUUCUCUACAGUCUGUCAGAGAUUCCAUCAGUAACCAGGUCUCUGCAGUCCUCCAGCUCUACGAGCAGAACACAGACAGUCUGGAUCUGCUCACUGUGACAGAGCGCUCGGCCACCGCCCCGUCUCUCUCUGACAUGCUGGAGUGGCUGCAGGAUGCUGAGCGUCACUAUCGACAACAAUUUCUGAGGAGGAAGACUCUGCUGCAAACACUGAGAGCAGAUGAUCUCUCCCUUUUAGAGGCUGCUCCCAAAAGAUGGAAAUCCUUGGAGUCUCCUAAUGCAGAAGACCGCAUCACAGAUACACUUUGCAAAGUGUCCUUCUUUAUUGAGUCGCAAUGAAGAGAGUAAAAGCAACAUAAAUGGAAGUCUGACCAGCUUGUGAAUCCGACAUUCUCCACAUUUCUAUGAAGAGGCUAGAAAAGAAGAAGGAAAUAUGAGCGAACAUACAUAUACGUAUACCUCAGAUGGAUGCAUUUCCUGAUGUUGGCAAAGGACUGGAAUUUGGUUUUGUCGUAAAAAUGUCCAAGACAUGUUCUUGGAUGGGAAGUGUGUGCAUGUACCGGACAUUAUAUGGUAAUUCAAGAUGAAGAGGAACUUUUAUCAGGAGAAAAAAAGGACCUGAAAUUACUCUGACAUUGUUGUCUGUGAUGGUCACAAUGGCCCAAACCACAUGUAUUUUUAAAAGCCGCCAGCAGAGACAAGGAUGAAGACUUGCAAAACACUGUUUGUGAAGCACGCUUUAACAAACUUAUUUUAUUUCAAACUUUUGAUGUAGGCACACUCGAGGUAAUGAUAUUGUCAGAGAAUAACUGUUUCAGAAAUCACUGCAAUCAUAAACACGGGCCAUCAUAAAAGCCGUCAUAACAGUCA